AUGUCGGAUGAAGAUUGCAAUGCUAUGGGGCCUGUUAUGGACGCAACAUCUGAAAUCCAAGCAGUAGCUGAUCGCCCGGAAAUCAAAGAGGCGGCCAUCAAUGCAUUACAUCAGAAGCAUCGCGAGAGUAAACUGCAUCAAUUUACCGAAGAAGAACGAGUAAAACAGUUUUCAAAUUGGAAGGUAACACAGUAUGCCGAAGAACAGACAGCUUAUGGUGUCAAUUAUUUUAUGAAAGUAUCGAUUGGUGACAACUUAUUCAUCCAUAUUCGAGUUAAUCGGCAACAGGAUGCUGACGGAUAUGAUUUCUAUUCAUUGCAUGAAACUAUUAAGGACGAUGUUGCGACAUACAUUUUUCCUGAAGAUGUUCCAUUGACAUAUUUCAAUUACUAA